UUGUGACAUCUCUACUGUCACACUGAAAACAAAUUAACCUCAGACGUAGCCGCGGUCGAGCACGCUGUCGGAGUUUGUUGCUGUACUGAGAAACUUGAAACACUUGAGCGUGUUUCUCAUAAAGCAGACUUUUUUUCCCUCUGGUAGUACCUGGCAGGUUUUGUGGUUUUAGAGCGUGCGAGAGAAGUAGGCACGCACUUGUGCUGAAUCUGACUCUUACCCUCGUUCUGACUGACCUUCACAGCGGGUCACCAUCCACUUUGUCCAGCGUCCAGACAUGUAACCGGCAGCAUAAGCACAACGUAUUCCUCUCUGUGAACUCUUUUCUUUCCCUCACAAACAGCUUCCUCUACCUCUCGGGCUGGACUGUGGUGCAUUGACGUCGGCUCGCCCUCCCCUGCCCCCUUGCCCUCCAGCAAUGGCCUCACGCAUUGGGCUGCGAAUGCAGCUAAUGCGAGACCAGCUGCAGCAAGAGGAGCAGCGUGAGCGGCAACAGCAGCAGCAGAAUGCAGCCUUACAGUACAUGCAGCAACGUAUGGCUGGGCCACCUGCACCCACCCCAGCUAUCAGCACCCCACAGCAUUACCAAAACAUGCAGGUUCCUGUGGAGGUUCUUAAGGUACAGACCCACCUUGAGAAUCCUACAGACUACCACAUCCGCCAGUCUCGGAGGCAACAGGUGAAAGAAUAUCUGUCUACCACCUGUGCCACCAAACAGAUGGUACAUGCUGUAGCAGGGCUGAUUCCACCCUCUCCUCCCACAAACAUGGGACCCACGGGAGGUUCUGCCCCCCAACCCCUCCACUCCCCGCACAUGCGCACCGAGCAGCUCAUGUCUGGAAACAGCGCCCCCAACAGCCCCAUGGCCAUGCUCAACAUUGGCUCCAGCCACGAGAAGGAGAUGGAUGAGGUCAUCGAUAACAUUAUCGGCCUGCAGUCCAGUUUUGAUGAAAUUCAGUCAUACGUUGACCCUGUCCAGAUGCCAAAUACACUCCCUCUGUCUAGCAGUCACCUGGAUGUGUAUGCAGGUCCUGGGAUGAAGGCGCCAGCCAUUGCUAUGACCAGUAACUCCUGCCCUGCCAACCUAACCAUCAAACGAGAACUGUCAGACACAGAAGCCCGUGCGCUGGCCAAGGAGAGACAGAAGAAAGACAACCACAAUCUAAUUGAAAGGAGGAGAAGAUUCAACAUCAACGAUCGUAUCAAAGAGCUGGGCACCAUGAUCCCCAAAACCAAUGACCUUGUGCAUAGUGAUGUCCGCUGGAACAAAGGCACUAUAUUGCGGGCAUCUGUUGAUUACAUCAAACGCAUGCAGAAGGAUGUGCAGCGGACCAGAGAGGUAGAGAACAACUUCAAACGAAUGGAGAUGGCCAACAAACAGUUGUUGCUACGUAUUCAGGAGCUGGAGAUGCAGGCACAUAUGCAUGGCCUGCCCAGCACCUCCCCCUCUGGCCUGAACCCAGCUGAUGUGAUGUCUUAUAUAAAACAAGAGACCAGCCCAGAGGAGAACCUUUCUCUCUCCCAAGUUCAAGUCCACCACCAUCCCCAGCACCUACCCCAGAACCAGGCUCAGCACCAGGCCCAGCAGCACCACUUUUUCCCACAAAACCACCUCCACCCUCAGGGCCAUGUUCAACCUCAGCCCAGGCAGCUGCCAUCGCUGUCCCAGAACCUCCAGCCACCUAUCCAGUUCCCAGCUGUAGGCAGCUCCCAGCCCUUUGACUAUGCCCAGUCGCUGGACUUGUGCGAUGGGAUACCCGGCUUUUCAGACGGCAUGUCAGGGCUGGGAGACCUGGGCGGACUGGAUGUCCAGGGAAGGAGAGGCGAGCUGGGCUUUCUGAUGAUGGAUGAGCCCUUAUCUCCUAUGGGUGGAGACCCGCUGCUCUCUGCUAUGUCCCCCGAAGCCUCGGUCGACUCCAGCCGCAGAUCCAGCUUCAGCAUGGAGGAUGGAGACAUACUGUAGACACAUGCACUCAUACAAACACAAGCACACAUACAGAGGGUGCAGUAAACGGCUUAAAACCGAUGGUACAUCGACACAAACUUUGCAGCAUCCACAACAAAAAGAAAUCAGCUGUCAGAGGUCACAUACUCACAAAGCACACACCCACAGCAUACAGCACGUAUUAUACACAAUCUGAACAUGCACGUAUGACAGUCAUUUGAGGUACAGUUAUCUGUUAACAGAACAAGCAGAAGAAAGUACGCGACAUUCACAGUGGAAAACAGUGUAUAGUGCAACCACUGCCACUGGCACACAUACAGGUUUGUGAGGAAAAGUGAGCAGCAUGAAACAGUGUCAGGUCAGGAGUUAUAGAGCACACUUUGCCUUGUUUCCAUAAAGGUGCCUCUGAAUCAUAAUUAAACAAGGGACAAAAACCAGCAGUUAAUUAGAUUGAAGUUAUCAGAUACAAGGACAACGAAGUGCAUGGUCUCACUUGAUAGAGGACAAGUUAUUUUCCCCUUUACAUCAGCCUCUUUUAGUAACUGUAAAUGAUUGAAUGAUGGUGAAUAAAAUGGAAAUAGCUUUAUGGUCCUGCAUGCAUAACUUAUCUUCAGGAGAUGCAGUCCAGUCACUUGAUUCUGUUCCUCAGUCUGCUUUUCCACAGUUAGCUUUAGCCUCAAUCAUUAGCUGUGUGCACCUGCUAAGCUGAAGUGUAUUUUCAAAGUGGACAUUGUAGGAGGCGGAUGUUCCAGCUUUCAGCAAAGCCCUUCCCAUUUAUUGCAUCUACUUCACUUCUGGAUGCAACUGUCUUCUCACAAACAUCUACACACACACUGCUGUCCCUCAGUCUCCACACCUUUAAUACCAACCAAAUCUGCGGUAUGUCAGAAAUACUCAGGAACUGUAACAGAAUAUAUCAUUUUUAAGCAGAUGGUAAUCUGGAGUGUGUCAGGGCCAUAACCCCCAUCAGUGUGCCUUUUUCAUUCUAGCAACUCUUAUCAAAUGCAUGUUUUUAUAGGUUCCAUAGGUCAUAAGGGUUUAGACUGAAUAUUGAAUUCAGUUAUGCCUGUAAAUACUUUGUGUGCAUUUGUACCAGCUAUACCUUUGACAAUGCUCUCACUAAGUGUCUUUGUACUAGAAGUACAGCUUGAAGGAAAGGUACCGUAAAGUAACAGGGUUUGAUGCUAGUUUGUCCCAGCAGGCAGCAGCAGUAAUCUUCACAUUACAUUAGCACACACGUCCUUGUAUUCACACUGUCACCAACAGGCACUCAUUAAACAUGCAGAUUCUCCCCUAAUACACCCACAUGCAUUAUAGUGCUCCCAUACAUACAGUACAGUCAGCAAGUCUCCUGUGCUUCAGUCUCGCCCUUGAUGAACUGAAAGAAGCUGCCAGCUGCUGAGGUGAACUUCAGGCCUGCAGUUCAACCUGCUGCUGGAGUCUGUUAUCCCAGGGCUGCUGUUGUUGGAGCAGGCUGAGGGGGACCCGAGUUGGAUCUUUGCUGUGGUAGGCCUGGGGCUUGGCUUUAAUUUGUGAUAGCUUAUGAUCAGUGCUGAUUAAGGUAGAAAAAAUAAUGAAUGGUAAUUUUUUUUUUUUUGAUCAAAAGAUGUUUGUAUUCUUUAUUAUAGUUUGUUUUUAACUAUAUCUCCCAAAGCACUGCAAACUGUUAUUGUAUUGACUUUGUACAUGGAAGAAUUGUGGAAUAAGAUUUAUUUCAAAUGUUUUAUGCCACUAAGCCACUCAAAUGUAUUUUAUUUGUAUUUGUUGUAUUGCUUUUAUUUCAAUUUUAUUCCAAAAUUAGUCUAUCUUGUCGUCAGAGCCAUAUUCUUGGAAGUACACUGUAAUGUGCCAGUAAUGUUUCAUUUGGGGAUGGGGCAGCCAUUUUUAAACUUCAAGUAAAGUUUGAGAGAUGAAGUGUGUGUACAUAUAUGUUGCCAUUUUUAUAUAAUUGGGUUUUUGUUUUUCUCUGUUGCAAUUUUAAAAAUUUAUGCCAGACAUAAAUGAAAGUUUAUUCUUGGAUUUGAUUGAAUUCAAAUUGCUCAUAUAAUGAAUGUAAGGUUUACCAGGAGUCCUGGUCACAGGUUGGUGUUUUCUCCACACCUCCCUUUCUCCCUAAUUUUGGUUUCUAUGGAGACCAAAAAUGUAACAUGUCACAUAAACUCUGGCCUGAGGAGCUGCCAUGGUGACUAUGUGUUUGUCUCUGUCUGUCUCAGUCUUGUGCCUUUGCCUUAUCAGCCACAGUUUGAUUGUUGUACUGGCACCCAGCAAACACUCCGCAGAGCUGCUCAGGCCUCCUUUACCCAUCCUCUAGAGGGCGCUCUACAGGGCAAACUACACAGGAAAACGUGGGUUUGAUUUUACUGAUAUGUUUUGCCAGAGUCCAUUCAAUUUUAAUUUUUUUUUUUUAUUACUGAUUUGAAAGAUCAAUGUUUGUGUGUGUAUGCGUGUGUUUUUGUGUGUUGUGUACAUGUGUCUUUGAAUGAUGUGGGGACAAAAAUGUUGCUUCACAUAGUCACAUGUUUUUACAUUGAUUUGCUGCAGAGGUAACAUUCACUUGUAAAAGGAUUUUGUGACAUCACAACUGACUAGUAUGUGGCUUACACAAGCAUGAUGUGGAAACCAAAUCUCACGCACAUGCACUGAGAUUUUCCCAUGAAUUAAAAUGUAUAUGUGUCUAACUACUUAAAUGUUUGUGCAAAUGUGUUAGGGAUUAUGCCUCAUUGUCUCUGAUGCCUAUGUGGGCAGAUGGUGGAUUAAAUAAACCUAGUAAAUAUUAGUACUUUUUGUUAUCCACCAGGGGGCACUAAAGAUUUGCAUUUCAGAAGACCAUCUUCUGUCUCCUUAAACUUUGUUGUGAUAUUACUGUCACAGCAGUUACAGAAAGGACUGCUCGGCCAUGUAAUUAACCUUUUUUUUUUUUUAAGUACUCCUUAAGAACCCAAUCUCAUUUUUGCUUGUUCACAAAAAAUGGAAAGAGAAACUGAUGCAUAGUAUGUUUUUUGUGAAGAAAACCAGCAGCAGCUGUUGGACAUAUUGAUUGCUUUUUUUUUUUUUUUGUUUUGCUCUGGUGAAUUAAACCUUUUUAAUAAAAUCU